AGUUGGAUCGAGGGACAUUUUCCACAAAUUCAACACUCGUUAUGUCCUAGAUAAGACUCUGUAAUUGGUAGACUGUGAAGCCCUCGAAGCGGAACUGGAGGAAAUUGAACUGAUUCUUGUGCUCGUUUGCGGACUGCCAAGCAUAGUGAACCGUGUGGAUACCAGGUGGAACUAUACCGAUUAUCUCGCCGUCGUAGACGGUCAUGUGAAGAUCCGUAGAGAGCCACCGGAGACCGCUUAGGGGGCCGUGUGUGUGCGAGUGUGAGACGAAAGUCCAACCUCGCCGUUUAUUGCUGUGGUAUUUACCUCUGAGAAUUGCAAGUGUAACGUAACAGACGUCAAUCAACCGGAACGGUGUACUUCCGCUCUCCGGCUGAAAUCGACGAGUGACGAGACGAGCCCGCUGAUACGGUACGGGCUCUAGAAGAUGGAAUGGUUACAUGUGAAAGAAGGUGGAAUCGAUGACAACGCACGGAGUGAGCUGGAAGACGAAUAGUUUAUUCAAUGAAAAGCUGCUGAGCGAAGCACAGGAGGAAACUCACGUCGUAUGGUACCGUUCGAUUGAUUUACUGUUUCGGCUCAGGUGUAAGUUACGCAUUUGUAAAUUCAGGUGUGAAAUUUCCGAAGUUGUAACAGUUAUCAUGCAUGCAUCUGCCAUGAUGUUUAUCGAUGCUGGUCAAUUAGGCUCUCUGUAUGGUAUAGCAGAAAUUCAAAAAAUCUAUGCAUGAAAUUUGCAAUGCAAGUACAGAAUUUAACUAUGAAAGCAGGAGUGUAUCCACCUAGUGGUGUAGAUUGAAUAGUACAUCCGAAUUCUAAGCUUAAGCUUCAGAACUUCACAGCUAAUUUCAAAGAUUUGACUCGAUUAAAAUUUCGAAAUUUAUAAAAAUUCAUCUAGUUUACGACACUUAAAUUAAUAAUUUCUAAUCUUCUUUUUCGAUAUUUUUAAUCAAUUUCAAUUUCGAAAAUCUUAUGCGACUAGUUAUCUAAUUGUCUAACAACAAGCUUAACGCUUACUGUAAACAUGUAAAAAAACAACUUAAUUAAUAGCAGGUGAGCUACUAGUAUACGGUUGACCGCCGUUCGUUAUCAUGCACUUUGCGUUAGGAGUUUUGGAAGCAGUGCAACCGCGUUAGUUUAAAACUUACAGGAACGUCGGCACUUGCAUGACUCACUGACCCAAUCCUAACAAAAAUUCAUUCAACUAACGAGCAGAUACUGUGAGGAACCAAAAAGUUACUAGCUUAAACUGGACCCAACAAAUAUUGUGGUAUGAUAAGGACAGUGCACUGCAAGCAAACGUGAAUUUACAACAGAACUCGACAAGAUUGCUUAUCGAGCACAAGCGAGAGACGAUUCGAAAUUCGUAUGUAUUAUUCAUUUCUAUAUUUUGUUCGAGCAUCAAGAGACGACCGUUGAAAGUUUACCGGCGAAAUCCACCAGAUAAGGUACUUCAAUAUAAAUGAGCUAAUUCGUUGCCGCCAAUAUGCCAUUUCGAAACCUCCGCCGGUCAGGUUCAGUUAUGAACACAACAUUCGAUCCAGAAACGAAAGUAUGGAGCGGUCUCCAUCAGCUGCCCGUUUACAACCCGGAAGCCAGCUUCGGUCAAAUCCUGCUGGCAGUGCUGCGACAGAACCCUACAAAGGUCACUCAGAUAGAUGGCGAUACAGGUCGUGAAAUGACCCGCGAGGAAAUGCGCCUAAGAGCAAUUCGAGCUGCGCAGAAUUUAACGUCCUUGGGUUACCAGCAAGGUGAUUUGGUGACGGUGGCGUGUUCCAACAGUGAAAAUUUGGCCCCGCUUGUUAUAGCAUUGCUUACCAUAGGAACACCCUUCAACACACUGGCACCAACCUGCGGUGUGAAAGAAAUGGCUCACAUGCUGAAAAUCACGCAACCGAAGUUGGUGUUUUGUGAUGCCACUAACCAUACCACCGUGAAAAAGGCUGUCGAUCUGGUGGUGGAACAGAAGCCCCAAAUCUAUGUCUUUGAAGACGACUCGGUUGAUCAAAAUAAGGCGGAAGAUUUGUUCAAAGAAACUGGAACCGAACUGAUGUACCUCGCGCCUUAUCUCGGAAAUUCGCGAGAAGCGCUGGGAAUAAUCUUGUGCUCCUCGGGAACAACGGGACCGAUCAAAGGCGUUUCGCUAUCGCACGCCCAUCUGAUAACAGCCUACGGGAACGCAGUUAAUUUGGCAAACUUCGGAUUGGUGUUCAACUUUAGUCCCCUGUACUGGGCUACGGGACUGUUUCUGUUGAUGCAUUCGCUAAUUAAUGGUGACCCACGAUUGAUUACCCGCAAAGCGUUCAGCGAGGAUGUGUUUUUCGAUCUGUUGGAGAAAUACCCGAUUCGUUUGAUAUUCACCCCGCCGUGUUAUGCGCAGCUUGCGCUGCGUCAUCCCCGCGCAGAAAUGACAAAUUGGUCCAACAUUACCAUAUGGGCGCUUGGAGGUUCACUGGUUUCCGAGAUUCUUCGCGAGGAAUUGGACAAAAGAUUGCCCAAUGGACGAUCCAGUAACUGGCUGGGAAAUUCGGAAAUAGGUGGUAUAUGUGUCGAUAUUAGAAAACGAAAACCGUACUCAGUGGGACAACUGAUGGCAAAUAUUAGUGCCAAAAUAGUCGACGAAAAUGGCAAUGCCAUGGACAUUGGAAAACAUGGCGAGCUUCUUCUAAAAUUUCGUGAGAAAAUUCUCGGUUACUUCAAGAACCCCGAAGCCACCACCGAAGCCAUUGACGAUGAAGGUUGGCUUCGCACCGGAGAUGUUGGUUAUUUCGACGACGAAGGUUUUCUGUUUUUAACGGAUCGUAAAAAAGACAUGCUCAAAUAUAUGAACUAUCAAGUGUCACCGUGGGAUUUGGAGGAACUGAUCGGUAGAAUCGAAGGUGUCGAGCAGGUUUGUGUUAUUGGACUACCGGCGGCCAAUUUAGACACUGAACUACCAACAGCUGUCAUUCAGAGAUCGAACGGCAGCAAUUUGACGGAGGAGGAAGUAACGAAAACGGUGAAUGAUGAAGUUGCCGACUAUCGGAAGCUACGGGGAGGAGUGUUUUUCGUGGAACAGUUCCCAAUGACACCGACGGGAAAGAUUUUGAGGAAAGAAGUGCGGAAAAUUAUUCUGGAUACGCUAAAGUCGAAAGAGUAAUUCGACUAGAUUAUGUUUCCCUAAACGGGUUAAUCCUUUAAGUCUGUCCAAUAUUUGUUUAUUGACAUUUUCCGAAUACAAUAAAAAGUUAUCCUUUUUUAACAUAA